GAGCGCUAGUGCGCGUACUUCAACGAUUGCGCCAGUUGAUCUCGUCCUUUUACCCCGUUUGUUUGAACUGACACCACAAGUUUAUCAGUAUAUUUCUGACACUUCGACAUGCUUGUCUUUAUCGAUAGAUGCACUGGCGAGGACCACUUUAGCGACGCUUACGCUUACGAGGAACUCUUUGGAGGAGCUAUCGUGAAGGCGGCAUGUAAGUGGGGCCACUACAGUAACAAUGAAGAUGUAGUAUUAGCCGGAUCGAACCCCAGUGCCGAGGACGGUGAGGAGGCUGGUACUGAAACUUCAGAGAGGAAGAUCGACCUCGUUCACCAGUUCAAAUUGGUAGAGUGUAACUACAUGAACAAGAAAGGUUUCAAGGAAUGGCUGACGGAUGAGGACAACAUGACCAGAUGGAAGAAAUUCUUCGUGGACGGCCUCCAGGAAAAAGACUACAAACUGAGCGAUGAAGAUGCUUUAGCUAAGGUCGAGGGAGGAGCAAUGAAGGAAUGGAAGAAAGAACUCACCAACUUCGCCAAAUUUAUCCUACCCCAGUGGAAGAACGUGAUGGUUUACCAUGAUGUUAAGGAAGAUCUUGAAGGUGCUAAAAUAUUUUACAUCGGAGACGGAGAGGGAGAUAAUUUCUACUACAUCAAUAACUUGUACAGAACUGAAAAGUUCUAAACAAACUGCUAAGUUUUUAGGGUCGCUGGGGUGUUCAACGUCUCAGUCGAGGAUCUUUUUAAUUUUUUAGAGAUUUAAUUCUUGCUUCAAGAAUCUA